CGCUCCGCCAGCGGCGCUGUGUGCAGGCCCAACACCGCCAUGACGGCGACGGGCGGCCGCCUUCCGCCGCCGCGGGGCUGAGCCGGGGGCCCCGCACCCCACGGAGCCCGGCACGAGCGGGAGGCGGGGCCGGGGCAGCUCGGAGGGCGGUGCGGCCGGACGAGAUUUGGGACCAUGGCUGUUGACUGGAUUGGUUUUGCRUAUGCAUCAUUGCUGGUUGCUGGAGGUCUUGUAGCAUACACUCGUAAAGGUAGUAAAAUCUCUUUACUUGCUGGACUCACCUUUGGCUCUGUGGCUGGUUAUGGAGCUUUCUGCAUAACAUGUGAUCCAAGAAAUGUGAAGAUAUCAUUGUUUUCAUCUUUUCUGUUGACCAUUAUAAUGGGAAUGAGGUUCAAGAGGUCCAAGAAAUUAAUGCCAGCUGGACUAGUGGCAUUUCUGAGCCUUUUGAUGAUUUUGAGGCUUGUUUUUAUGCUGCUCUAGAAUUUAGCAACUUAAGAACCAAAUGCRACUGCCAUGCCGACCAAACAGACAYGCUUUCCAUACGUGAAAGACAAGUUGGAACACAAGUCUUACACUGCAUUUAUAUUUUCUGUAAAAGAUCUGUACCUGUUAUUUGAUUAUUGACAUGUGCUGAUAUUUUAAUAGCUUUUUUAAAAAAUUAAAGCAAGUGUUUUGUUGAUAUAGUUUGAUCUACUACUUCCAUUUAAGCAGCCUAUUAACUCAAGGGAUGAUUAUUUGUAAGUUUGAUCUUUUUUAGGGGUGCUGAGCACCCCAGGAAAUUAAAUUACUCUUGCACUGUAUGUCUGAGAGAAGAAUAUAUAUAAAGAUAAAUACAUGUUUAUGCUAAAAAGAUUUCUUGUAUUGAAGUAUAAUUUUAUAGUUUCUGAGAUUAAAUAAUCAGUUCUAAAUAAAAAAAAUCUGGGGCCUGUACUGUGUUGCACUAGAAAACUAASUUCCUGUUCAAUACACAUUCUUGUUCCACUGGUUCUGAAUGUAAAAACUGUUCAUAUAAAAUGUAAAAUGUUAGAAGAUUACCAGUUUUUUAAGCAGAUGAGURAGCCAUUUUGUCAGUGGAAGAGUCUGUUGCUCUGCUUUGUAYUGAGUAAAGGUUUAAAACAUGUACCAUGCUGUAAAUUGCCACUGACAUGAACCAUGGCUGAGGUUUGUCAUGCUGCAGAGAGGUUCCAAACUCAGCRCUCUGGAACAGGUUUACCAUUACGGUUUUACACAGAUUAUAUUGCUCAAGUCCUGCCCCAUAAGCAAAGGAGACUGUUCAGUCAUAAAUCAUUCAGAGAUUGAAGUUGCUUUGAUUUGUGUACAAAAUAAAUAUUCCC